AUGUCUGACUCGGCACCCCCUCCCCCCAAACGCAAGAAUUACACCUCUUGGACAUAUACCACCACCACUCCCGACCCAUCCCAGCAGACAUGGAAGGAAAAGAUCAAGUCGAAGAGCAGCGUCUGGGGCAAGUCUGCCCUGGACAAAGGUGUCGCUAUCUCGGAUAACCUCGGUGGCAAGGUCAACAACUUUGCAGAGCAGAGGCUCGGCACAGAGGCCUUCUGGCCUGUCACGGGUGAUUUCAUCAAGGAAAUGGACAAGUGUGCCAGGAUUCUCAGGGCAUUCACUGUGGACGGUCUCGUCACAGAGAGCAAAGAGGAAGAGGACGAGAGCGGAAGAAAGAAGAAGAAGAAGGUGAUACGCAAAAUCCCACCUGCUGUCAUUGCGAAAGCAAAAGGUCUUGCCAUCUUUACUUCUAUGCGGUCGGGCAUCGCGCCGUUCGGUGGCGCUGGUGGAGCUGGACUCGUUGUGGCCAAGCUGCCUGAUGGAUCAUGGUCGCCCCCUGCAUCCAUCACGCCGAAUAAUCUGAGUACAGGUUUCCUCAUCGGGGUAGAUGUCUACGACUGUGUACUUGUAAUCAACACUGCCAAGGCUCUACAAUCUUUCAGGACUCACAAAGCGACCAUCGGUGCCGAGCUCGCUGUCGCUGCCGGGCCAUAUGGUGCUGGUGCGGCUGUCGAAGCUGGUUUGGAAAAGGCGCCCUUGUUCAGUUAUGUCAGAAGUCGAGGGAUGUAUGCGGGUGUGGAGCUGGUGGCUCAAGUCUUUGUUGAGAGGUUUGAGGAGAAUGAGGCAAUGUACCACUGGCCCGGCGUCAAGGCCGGCGACAUUCUAUCUGGCAAAGUCAAGAUGCCAAUUGAAGCUAGUGGCUUGAUGAAGGCCCUGGCCGAUUCCGAGUCGGGUCGUGCUCAGAAAGAAAAGGGAGACGCACUCGACAUUAUCAUCCCCGAAGGCGCAUUUCAACUCGAGCUCAACGACGGCGAAGUCCUCAAGCUCCCUCCCACCCCCGAUCAGACAGACGGUCACGAGUACGAGAGUGAUCCCGAGACGGAAAAGAUCCGCCGGGCGUCGAGGCCAGGGAGUCAUAACCCGAGUAUGAGCGACUUGGGAAAUAUUCACGCGCCGGUGCCUACACGUCCACCGCCCCUACCUUCACGUCAUCCCAACCGGCCGUCUCUGACGCAUCAGCCUUCUUCAACAUCCCAUUAUUCUGCUUCUCCUCCUCCAUCUGCUCCUCCACUCCCUCCUCGAUCAAAUGUCAACUCUGCCCAGCCAUCCCGUGCUACGUCCCCCCAUAUCCCUGCUGCUGCAUCACCAGCACCUGAAGACUUACCCACCUACGCCGAGGUCGAAGUCACACCCGAGGGCGGCGUCAAUGCAAAGCCUUAUCCCAAAGACGAAAUGGACGCGCAAAAGCUGGGGUUGGCUGAAGAUGCCGUGGGCGAGGGUGGAGAGCCGAUGAGCCCGGCCGAGCAGAAAGAAUGGGAGCAAUUCAUGGCGGAACAUGAAGAAAACCAACGGGCAACUGAGGUAGAGAAGGCGGCUUCUGUGACGGGUGUGGCCAAGGAAGCAGAUGUGCUGGCCCGGAGGCUGGAUGUCCAACACCUCGACAAGGAGAAUGAGAGCGAGAGCCUUCGAUAG